AGUUUGUUUCCAGGAAGCGAAUAACGUGACUACGGGCCUCACGUUGUCGUUAAAAUCUACUUUUUGCUUGUCAUUCUCGCAACUAACGUUUAAUUUAACCGGUGUUAAAGCCACCAACAUGGGGGACGAGGAGGACAAGUAUGACGGCAUGUUGCUUACCCUGGCACAGCAACAAGAAGGAGGAAUACAGGAGCUAGUAAACACAUUUUUCAGUUUCCUGCGCCGCAAAACAGAUUUCUUCACCGGUGCCGAACCAGGUGCUGCAGAGAAGCUAGUCAAAGAUGUGGUCGUCAAACACAAUAAGCUAGCGAUGAAGUCCCAAAAGGAGAAGCAGGUGAAACUGGAGAAGGAAAAGAAAGCAAAGGCUGAAAAAGCAGAAAAGUUAGCGGAGGAGAAGAAAACGAAAGAAGACGGUCCAAGGAUUCAGGAACUGACCGAUGAAGAAGCAGAGAAACUUCAGUCUGAACUCGACAAGAAAAAGAACGAAGAGGAGAAAAAGAAGGAUGAAACACCAACGCCUGAACCAGAAAAGACGGACAAAGUAGACAAAGAGAAGGGGUCUGAGUCCGAUGGAGAGGAGGACGAGAAGGACAAAGAUAAAAUGAAGCCCAACGCAGGAAAUGGAGCCGACCUGCCGAACUACAAGUGGACGCAAUCCCUGUCUGAAGUGGACGUCGUCUUGCCUUUCGAUGUGAGCUUCCGCAUCAAGGCCAGAGACGUGGUGGUGGAUAUCCAGAGGCGCACCAUCAAAGUGGGGCUGAAGGGACACCCUCCUGUCCUCGAGGGCCAGAUGUACGGCGAGGUGAAGGUGGACGAAAGCAAUUGGCUCCUUGACGACGGAAAAGUUGUCACGCUCCACUUAGAAAAGGUUAAUAAAAUGGAGUGGUGGAGCAAGAUUGUGUCCACAGAUCCAGAAAUUAACACCAAGAAAGUCUCUCCAGAGAACUCAAAGCUGUCAGAUCUGGACGGAGAGACGCGUGGUAUGGUGGAGAAGAUGAUGUACGACCAGAGGCAGAAAUCAAUGGGUCUGCCGACGUCUGAAGAGCAAAAGAAACAAGACAUUCUCAAAAAGUUCAUGUCUCAGCACCCGGAGAUGGAUUUCUCUAAAGCCAAAUUCAGUUGAGACUGCAAGAGAAAAGCAUCUCAACGCAUCCCAUAAUAUCACAUCGGAGCGUCAGGCUCUCCUUACAGGACAGAUUAACAUGUCUCUAACAUGUCUCUAGGUGCAGAGGUUUGUGUGUUUUUGUCAAAAGAUUGAAAUGUUCUCCCUUUGCAUGUCGUCUCAAUAUUUAAAGAUGUGUCUGGAUUUUUUUAAAUAAAGAAACUUAAAAUCAAA